CAUCGGCGUGUAGGGGCGUCGUUGCUGCGUGCAAUGUGUAUCGUGUAGGCGUUGGCGAGGAGGAGACAAGUCGGGGAUGUGUCCGUAAAAAAAUUGCGGUUUCUGCGUACUCUGCCGCACGUGCACGCUCGAAAUCGUGUUCCGUGAACAAUCGAGUCCCGACAAAAUUAUACUGCAUGCCUGCGUCGUUCGAAAGCGUAUUGCGAACGGGUCUAACAAUUACAGGCGAGGAAAAAAAAGUGUAGCCAGUGCUCCGUAUAUUCUUUCGUUUCUUCGAAAGGCCGCGUACCGUGCGUAUAUAUUUCGGUCUUUUGUCGCGGACGUUUAAGACGCGAGCAAAUAACUCGAAUCAGAGAAAUCGCCUAUUUGAUUCUACGGAGACGUACGACGUGCUGCAGAAACGACGCCCGUACCAGGAUGCUAGGACAUCUCCAAAGAGCCAUUGAGUUGAUCGGUGUUACUCGUGUGAAUUGAUUUCAAUUUGUUCCGUAGUAAACGAGAGCAAAGCCUUGCAACAGAAAGAAGGAAAGAAGGGAAGAAAGAAAGCGCGAAAGAUUUGUUUCUACAGAAAGAUAAAGAUAGAGAGACGACAGGGAGGAACCCGAGGAGAGAAAGAAUCCGACGGAGAGUGUGUGUACAGGAGAUGUUCGGAAUCUUGAGACAAGAUCCUGGUGCGGGAGGAUUUCACUAUCAGCGACUACGAUCGAACGUAUUAUCACACGGUGGAUUCUUCGGCGUAUGAGACAGCAUUCACCGAGAGGAAUCAUAAAUAUAUCGGCGCUGAAUCGUGUUCGUGAAAAAAACAGUGUUGUGGAAGAAAACGUGCGGUGGACAGAGAGGGUGGAUGACACACACGGGACGCGUAUCGGCCGGCCGAGGGAACGAAUUUGCGGAUUCGUCGCCGGUAUAUUACGUCGUGCGACGAAGCUUCUUGGAAUGUGACGAGGGACUUCCGGCGUGGGAAAUAUCGUAGAAAAGGAGACGUCAUCAUUGACUGCUGAGCCGCAAGAGACGAAAAAUCAGCUGGUAUGUCAAAUAAUCAGCUGGUUGACUCCUGUCUGCUGGUGAAUCGUCGAAUCGUCGAGAGACAGGAGCACAAUAUAACGCACACUGAGAUCACACAGAGACGCGUUCUCCAGGAGAAGGGCCCCGACAUGCCGCAAUACACCGGACAGAGUGAUGCAGAUUACCACGGAAGUAACGGCCAGGCGGACACCCAUUCGUUGCAUUCGUCUCAUUUGUCUGUCCAAGAGGAUCCAUUACUUAUCCGCAGCCAUAAGCAGCAAACUACUCAACAAGUGACAAACGUGUCGAAGGUUGUUCGCGAGGUAUCACACAUGGAGCCAGAUCCAGGCGCAGUGAGUUACAUGUCAGUUCCAUUGAUGUCUCAGGAUUAUCAGCACGCGGACCGGCGAUACCCGGCGGACUCGUACAUGGUCGGUUUUGAACAUUACGAGCCGUACCUCGGUUAUCCACCACAGCCAGGGUAUCCGGGUCCGCAUGGUAUCUACAUGCCACGCUCGCAUUCUCCUCACAGUCCUCAUAGUCCUUCUGAGCACAGUCGUGCCUCGCCUCCGCAUGAAUACCUACGUAAGGCGGCACCGUAUGUGGAAGGCGGUUACAACGACAUCGAUCCAGGUUUGAAUCCCGCGUUGCAAGAUCAUUAUCGUAUUACUCCUAGUCCUGGUGGUCCCGGAGAUCAAUAUGAUCAAAUCAGCAACUCUUGGAAUAUGGAUGACUCUGGCGAACCCUCUCAGCAUCCUCAUGACGAGAAUAAAGUGGCUUACGGUUACGUGUCUCCGUCCCCUUAUGGACCUGUUGGAUACGGCCCUGGCGUCGGGGUAGGUCCAGUCGCAGUUCCUAGCGAUGUGCCCGGUUACGACGAAGGCCAUCCGGUCCCACUCACCUCUGGAGUUCCUCCGGGAAUGUUUGACGACGAGGUUCAUCUUCAACGGCUACAAUCUCGACAUCCGGUGGUGCCCGGCAUGGCUAGUCCAUUGGACGAUGAUCAAAAGUCUAUGAGAUGGCGAGAUCCGAACUUGUCGGAGGUGAUCGGCUUCCUGAGUAAUCCGAACAACAUCAUCAAGGCGAACGCUGCCGCGUAUCUGCAGCAUCUAUGCUACAUGGACGAUCCAAAUAAGCAGAAGACGCGAAGUCUAGGUGGAAUACCACCGUUAGUGCAAUUAUUGGAUCACGAUAAUCCAGACGUGUAUAGGAACGCAUGUGGCGCGCUGCGGAAUUUGUCUUACGGUAGACAGAACGACGAAAAUAAGAGGGCUAUCAAGAACGCUGGCGGUGUUCCGGCCUUGAUCAAUUUAUUACGUAGGACGUCUGACGCGGACGUGAAGGAACUGGUGACGGGGGUUCUUUGGAAUUUAUCCUCGUGCGAGGACCUUAAGAAAUCCAUCAUCGAUGAUGGCGUAACGAUGGUGGUGAACAACAUAAUUAUCCCGCACAGUGGCUGGGAUCCAAGCUCUUCCAGUGGCGAGACAUGCUGGUCGACCGUGUUCAGAAACGCAUCUGGCGUCUUAAGAAACGUCUCUAGCGCUGGCGAGUAUGCGAGGAAGAAACUGCGCGAGUGCGAAGGUUUGGUCGACGCCCUUCUUUACGUAGUACGAUCCGCCAUCGAGAAGUCGAACAUCGGGAACAAGAUCGUUGAGAACUGUGUGUGUAUUCUGCGGAACCUGAGUUAUCGGUGUCAGGAGGUGGAGGAUCCAAACUACGACAAACAUCCGAUUCAGUCGACUGUUCAGAACAGGGUAGCUGCUCCAGUCAAAGCAUACAGUUUAUGUCAAGGUGAAAAUUUGGGUUGCUUUGGCGGCAGCAAGAAGAAGAAGGAUGGUCAACCAGUGCAAAAAGAAACGACCGCAUCUCGCACUACCAGCCCUAGAACGGAACCCGUCAGAGGAAUGGAGCUACUCUGGCAACCAGAAGUGGUACAAUCUUAUUUGAAAUUGCUGCAGACAUGCUCAAAUCCGGAGACUCUUGAGGCGGCGGCUGGGGCGCUUCAGAACCUCGCAGCCUGCUACUGGCAGCCAAGUAUUGAAAUUCGCGCGGCUGUGAGGAAGGAGAAGGGACUUCCCAUUUUGGUGGAGUUGUUGCGGAUGGAGGUGGACCGCGUAGUUUGUGCUGUAGCCACAGCUCUAAGAAAUCUAGCGAUAGACCAGCGUAACAAGGAGCUGAUCGGGAAAUACGCGAUGCGUGAUCUCAUCCAGAAGUUACCUUCAGGAAAUAACCAGCAUGAUCAAGGAACAAGUGACGAUACAAUCGCCGCCGUUCUCGCCACAUUGAACGAAGUGAUCAAGAAAAACGCCGAGUUCUCGCGAUCUCUGUUGGAUGCUGGCGGUGUCGACAGAUUGAUGAACAUUACUAGGCAACGCCAGAAAUAUACGCCUCGUGUUCUUAAAUUUGCAGGACAAGUUUUGUUCACAAUGUGGCAGCACCAAGAGCUGAGAGACGUUUACAAGAAGCACGGCUGGAAAGAGCAAGAUUUCGUCACGAAAACGGUAGCAGCGCGGAAUUCAGGGCCUAAUUCACCUAACAAUGCCAAUAGCUAUGAUUGUAGCACCCUAAACCGACCAAUGGCGAGUCAAGGGAGCACCAGAUACGAGGACAGAACGAUUCAGAGAGCGAACAUGAAUUCGAAUAACGUCGGUCGACCCACUAUAUAUCAGCCUCAACCGAAACCCGGUGAGCCGCUCUACGCGCAAGUUAACUUGGAGAAGAAAAAGAAGCGGCAGUAUGAGCUGGGGGUGGGACAGGCGCAGGGUCAGGGCCCGGUCGUCGGCUCGGGAGUGGGCGUCGCGGCCGGUGCACCUACGGCUGGCCAGUGGGUAGCCGACGGUGUUGGUGUUCCCGAUGGCUCGGCCGCCACCGCAACAGUAAACGUUCCACCGAAUUCGACUGCCGCCUCAGCCGGCGAUUCCUGGGUAUAACAGGGUGUCCAUGGUCCAGCCGCCGUCCAGGGGGCUGUCAUCCUUCCCCCGAGGCUGCUGUACGCAUAGAAGACGAUUUCACGACUCCCAAUUGCGGGAAUCAUUGAAAGAUGGACGAGGACUCUGUGUCUGAAACGUAAAAGGAGAAACAAAGGAAAUAGUAGAAAUUAAUCUUGCCGUUUUUUUGCUGGAUGAUGGAUAGAGAAGACUGGACAGGGCAUUGAGGACAAGGAUGGAUGAUAGGAUUCUUGGUUUUGUAUUUUCGGUUAGGUCGUUACUGCACUGAGAAUGAUACGUGUUGUUGGAAGAUACGAUGUAUAUUGGAGGGAACCGGAAGACUGAGGACAAGAAGGGUAUAGAGGUGUUAGUGGCUGAGACACGGAAGCCUCUUAAAUAAGCUUCCAUGGAAGUUUAGAUCACCGAGUAUCUGCUUAAGACGGUCUUACCAAGAAACGAAUAUAUAACAAUUGAAAAAGAAAUAUAAAAAAGAAUUCGCACUCCGCACCCCACGUUAUCGAUGUAUACUAGACACGGAAAGCGACUUGUCCGACCACAUCCGCAGCAGUAGUCGCACUAAUGGCUCUAAACCUUCAUUGCACAAUUCUAAAUUAAUAUAUACACUAUAUAUAUAAGUAUAUAUAUAAAUAUUAUAUAUAUAUACAUGUAUAUGUAUAUUUUAAGGCGGUAUCCUUGGAGAAAGGAGGCGAGGCCGUCGCUAUAAAUAUAGGAGGGUAUAAAGAUGAAUGAAUAUAUAUAUAUAAAUAUAUAUAAAUAUAAAUAUAUCAUAUAGGUAUAUCAUACACGUUAACUGCUACACCAACACACACACACACACACACAUGCGUUAGGAGGGCGUAUCGAUUAAGCUACGUUAUUGUAUUAUGUAAACUUCUGAGGCUGUGGGUGUGGCAUGUAACGAGGAUACCGAAUAUUUGCGAGUUGCACUUUGUUUUUUUGUUCUCCGAGUUUUCCAAUCGGUUCGAUCGUGCGAAACAGAGAGUGCAUGGAAAAGAAACGAAAAGAAUGCGAGCGAGUGUGUAAACUAGCAUGAUACUUUCGUUUGCGUGCCGAUAUAAAAAUGUCCACUCGUAAACGUAACAGCGUAAGGAAGAAUAAGAAAAUGGGGGAAAAGGAGGGAAAAGUGGAGGAAUGAGCACCUUUGUCGAGAACCACGUUGCCAAUAGAUGAGAUCGAUUGGAUCCCAUCGUGCAAAAGAUCUGUUCUCGUUCUCGAGGAUGGCUGCUCGGUUGAAACGCGAAGAAAAGAAUAAAAAGCUAAGACGAAAGAGAUAGAAAUGAAUUACUCGUUGGUCCUCUAGACACACGAUUAUCAAGGUUCUUCGCUAUUACGUUUCGUCAUAUUCUAAUGUAUUGCUGUCGUGUAAAUGGUUGAAACGAAAAAAAGAUAAGAAAAGAUAAAAGAAAUUAGAUCGAGACCAAGUGAACGAGAAAGAAUCGACGAAAUGGGGGAUUAAAGAAAGAAAGGGUGCGAAUGAGCAGAGAGAGGAAAUAUGUGAUGUUCAAUGUUAUCGAAUGUUUGACAGAGAUGACUAUUGAUAGCCGAUAUACAUAUUAUAUAUAUAUAGAUAUAUAUACAUAUAUAUUAUAUGUAUACAAAUAAAUAUAUCCUUGUUCUAUUUCUUAAAUAAUGUUAUUAUGACAGUUGAAAAAAAUCGAUUGUGUUCGCGAUUAUAGCUACUGAGAGAAAGUAUAAUACCAACGCGGGGACAGAAGAAUAAUAAUUCUCCCUCGUCGAUUCAUAAUUAUAUAUAUACACACACACACAUAUAUGUGUUUGUGUAUGUGUGUGUAUAUAUAAAUGCUUCGUGCAGUAUGCACGUCACGAUCGACUAAAUAAGUAAAUAAGUAAAUAAAUAAAAAGGGAAAAAAAAAGGAAAAAGAUCAUCGAUCUCGUCGAUCGUCUCGCAUAACCGGUCCAAACGUUCGUUCAUCCUCCAAGCGUACUUUUUCGAUAUCUAUCAACCGCGUAGUCGUUCAUAACAGCCUAACUUUUGUACAUAUUCAUCCUUCAUAUUCAGGCGAAUUUAUUCGCUUUUUUUCUCAUUAAUCGAACGAACGACGAGAUCGAAUUAAGGACAAACGAGCGAAUUAACGAUGGUGACCAUAGAAAACUGGUUCCAACGAUCGUCGACGUGCCACCGGAAGCAGAAGCUGUAUCGCCGUUACCCUGCAAGAUAUCAGUCGCGUCAGGAUCGACCCUCCUCGAGAAGGGAUCGGGCGAAAGCUCGUGCGAUCGUUUCUGUUACGAUGAAAGAACGAUCUGUAACAUCAUUAAUAAUAUCGUAACAAUGUUUUGACAUUUCGAUAAAAUUUCACGAACUAUAUAUCAUAUACUAUUUAUACAAGCGCUUCCGAACGAAUGCCGUCAAUGCACCCGUUGCGCGGAAUAUCCACAGUCGUAAGUGGGUCGUCACGAUAUUCUAUCGCCUAUGGGUAUUCGAUUUACGAUCGGAUGGGAUCCUCGCGUUAAUUACGAUCAAAUAUGCCGAUACACCGUCUUUUAUGUCUGGCCACUGUUUGUUGCGCUAUUGUUACGAUGAUUCAUAACACGAUUUCGAACAGAAACGAGCGCGCGAUCGCGAUCAAUAUCGAGAUAGCGAGACGAUAAUGUGUAACAAACCGCGCCUCUUCACGAAUCGAGAGGUACCCUUCGAGCUUAUCGUUCGGACUGCUAGCAGAUCAUCUACGCGCGCGAAUUUGCCGCGAAACCUCUUAGAGGACCUUGGACCAUUCCGCUCAAUGUGACACACACGGCUCUGAUAAAUUUCUGUCCUUUUCUCACUCGUGUCUUCGACGAAUUUCGAUUCUGAAGUUUUCUGAAAUUCGAAUCGAGGAUGAUGUUUUGCGUAUCCUCGAUGACUUUGCAAAGUUUGGAAUUGACAUCGUAGUUCGAGAUCUUUGCUGAAAUUUCAGCAAGUUUUAGACGUUGAUGAUUGAUCUUGGGACCUUUUUCCACUCUUCUUUUUGUACGAAGGCAUUUCUUGAGAAAUUUCACACGAUCGAGAUUAAAUAUUGAGAAAUACGUUUCGAUAUUUCGCCUAUCUAAGGAAGAGUUCGAAUUGAAUUUGACGAUGGAAAGACGAGUCGAGGAAAGGACGAUAGAACAAAUUAAUGGCGAUCCUCUUCGACGAUUCGAAAGAUCCUUGUUGAAGUCUGGUGGAUUAAUUGUUACAUCGUCGGAGGAUUGACAGAGCCGCCACCAUUGACUCGAACGAACCGAAAUUUUGAUAUCCGCUUUUCAUUGUUUUCGUGUACCAACGUUUCUAAUUUUCUACGAGAAUUAACGAGCAAGAGAGAAUUGUCGCAGGGAGACGGAAGAUUUUUGUAAAUGUAGUCUGUGGAGCGACGUGCUCGCAGAAAAAAGAAAAAAAUGAAAAAACGA